UGACGUUGGUAAAUGCAAAGCUUAACUAGUUUUGCUUGUGAAGUGAAUUCAAGCAAUAAACUGAGGUGAUAUCAACCAACUAAUGAGACUGGGUGCCCAGUUAGAAAUUCUAAUUAAAAUUGCUGUCUGUGUAAACUGAAACCUAAUCUGAACAAUUGGAACUGGUUCUGUGUAUCGCGUAAUUAUGUAGCAGUAGUGUCUUUAUUUUUUUACAUCUUUGCUUUUCGUUGGUCAAAAUCAUGGGAAUAAACUGAAAUAAACUCUUUGAAAUUACUUAAACCCUCAUUAUUUUCGAUAGUGUUCAAAAAUUUACCAUAAAGUAUUGUGUACACCGACAUACGAAUAUAUUACCCUGUGAUUUACAAGCUAUGAAAAAUAUGAAUUCCCUGCAGAACAACAUUUCUGAGGUCUUAAAAUUAGCUAAAAAGUUCAACUGCUUCUAUUUCUCAGGUUUACAUCAAGGUAUAUGUAAACCAUUCAUAGUUGCCGGCCACCAAGUGGGCCUAGUUCGACCUGAUAUUAUGAAAUAUCUCCAAAAAUUUCCCGAGGUGUUUAGAAUCACUGGUAAAUAUGUGGAACUUAACCCCGCAUUCCGUGACUACCAAGAGAGAACCGCAAAAGUAGCUGAUGUGUUACUGAGCUUGAGAAAAGAAGGAGAGUUGUGUGCUCUUAAGGGCUGGAGAGAUGAGUUAUUUGGAGUGAGCACCCCUUAUCAUUAUGAAAACUUGAUGGAAAUGGAACGGAGCGCAAUUUGCCUGUUCGGCAUUAGGAACUAUGGCGUCAGUGUCUCCGGCUAUGUUAACCAUCCAACUAAAGGGCUGUGUAUCUGGAUGCAGCAGAGGAGCUUCACCAAACAAACAUGGCCAGGAAAAUGGGACUGCUUCGUCAGCGGUGGAUUGGCAGUGGGCUACGGGAUCCUGGAGACCUGUAUCAAGGAAGCGGCUGAAGAAGCAUCUGUGGAGGGAGAGUUGGCAAAGAAGUUGGUGCCGGCUGGUUGUGUCAGCUUCUACUUCGAGAGUGAGAGGGGACUGUUCCCAAACACGGAAUACGUGUACGACCUGGAGUUGCCCCUAGACUUCGUGCCACAGAACGCGGACGGCGAAGUGGAGAGUUUCGAGCUCCUGACAGCGCAGGAAUGCAUCCAGAGAGCUCUCACGCCGCAGUUCAAAACUACCGGCGCGCCGAUCCUGCUGGACUUUCUGGUCAGAAAGGGAUUUAUCAAUCCAGAGAAUGAACCAAAUUACCGGUACCUAGUGGAGUUGCUUCACGUCCCGCUGCAGUCGAUCUACAACUGGCCUUACACCGCCGCCAGCGUCGUCAACGGCGACGGCCCACUGCAAAUACCUAACUAAUACGUUAUGUAUCGCCCCAGUUUUCUAGACCUUUUAAUUUGUAUGUAUGCCGUAUUUAUUACACAUUUUGUGAUUCCA